UUUUCGUGGGCACCGCUCAGUCCUCGACAUGGCGAACGCCGCGGCGGGUCGGGUGCGUAGCCUGUUCGAAGGGUUACUGCUCGUGAGAAAAUGUGCAAAUGCGAGAACAAACUCUACGCCCUCCGUGAGAUGGUCACAAUACAGGACUAUACACGAAAGCAAGGAGCAUCUCCCAAAGCUGCAGCCGCCCGGACCUGGCCGGCGUGACCCUGCGCGCCGCGUGCUCUCCACCUCGGCGCCGGCGCGCUCCAUCCAGCAGCCGGGCGCCGAGGCGCGCGACGAGCCCGACACGAGCAAAACCACCGAGGACGAUAUCCGACACAUGUUCACCGACAUAGUACAAGAACUGUCCACCACCGACAACCAGCUGCUCAAAGACAUAGCCAGCUAUUACUUCGACGGCCAGGGAAAAGCCGUGCGGCCGAUGAUCACGUGCCUGACGGCGCGUGCCAUCAACUCACACGCACACCCCCACAGAAGGUUCCUGCUGCCGUCGCAGCGGCGUGUGGCCAUGAUCACGGAGAUGAUCCACACGGCGUCGCUGGUGCACGACGACGUGAUCGACGCGUCCGACACACGCCGUGGCAAGGCCAGCGUCAACAAGUACUGGGGCCAGAAGCGGGCCAUCAUGGCCGGAGACUACAUCCUCUCGGUGGCCUCCACCAUGUUGGCGAGGAUUCGGAACGAUGACGUCACACUAGUUCUAUCUCAGGUUUUAGCAGAUUUAGUGCAGGGCGAGUUUAUGCAGCUGGGGUCGAAGGAGAACGAGAACGAGCGGUUCGCUCACUACCUGCGGAAGACAUUCAAGAAGACGGCCAGUUUGAUCGCGUACAGCUGCAAAGCGGUGGCGAUCCUAGGUGGUGCGGAUGACGAGAUUCAAGAGGUGGCCUUCCAGUACGGCAGGAACGUGGGCAUGGCGUUCCAGCUGGUGGACGAUCUGCUGGACUUCGUGUCGUCCUCCAAUCUGAUGGGGAAGCCGGCGGCGGCGGACCUGAGACUGGGCCUAGCCACGGCGCCGGUGUUGUUCGCGUGCGAGAAGUUCCCGGAACUGAACCCGAUGAUCAUGCGUCGCUUCACGGAGCCCGGCGACGUGGAGAAGGCGUACCGCUGGGUCAUGGACUCGGAGGGUCCGCGGCAGACCCGCAUCCUGGCCGAGACCCACUGCGCUGAAGCCAUCCGGCACAUCAGCCAGCUGCAGACGUCGCCUGAGCAGCGCAGUCUGGUCCAGCUGACGGACCGCGUGCUCAAUAGGAUGAAGUAGUGCGCCGACGCCGGC